AUGGAUUCCAGAUCAAUAACCUUGGCUGGUGAUAAGGAGGUUGGGAGAACUGCAACCCCUUCCCCUCGCCUAUCAUUCGAGAAGGAGUCCAAGACGGACCUAGGCGACACUACAGACCAGGAGAAUGGCUCUAUCACAAACGGCGCUUCACCUGAAGAAGAGGUCGAGGGACAAUAUCCUGAGGGCCUGCGUCUCGCCUUCAUAGUCAUUGCGCUUUUGCUCAGUAUCUUCCUCGUGUCUCUUGAUAUGACGAUUGUGGCUACAGCUAUCCCCAAAAUCACGGAUGAAUUCCAAGGUCUUGAUCUUGUUGGUUGGUACGGAUCAGCCUUCUUCCUGACUGUAGGAGCGUUCCAAUCGACCUGGGGCAAAGGCUACAAGUACUUCCCUCUGAAGAUCACGUUCUUGACCUCAAUUUUCGUCUUUGAGAUUGGCAGUCUUAUUUGUGCCCUAAUUGUUGGGCGAGCAAUUGCAGGUCUUGGUGGUGCGGGUAUCGCAUCGGGAGCCUACACCAUUAUUGCCUUCACCGCCAAACCGAAUAGCAGGGCCGCGUUUACAGGUCUGAUGGGUGCUGCUUAUGGAAUCGCAUCUGUCAUCGGGCCUCUCCUAGGAGGAGUUUUCGCAGAGAAGGUAUCAUGGAGGUGGUGUUUUUACAUCAACCUACCAAUCGGAGGUAUCUCUGCUGCAAUCAUCCUGUUCUUCUUCAGCACUCCGCCGCAGGCCGUCCCCGCAAAGGCAACAUUUAAAGAGAAACUCUUGCAGAUGGAUCUUCCGGGCACAUUCGUGAUCAUGGCUGCUAUCAUCUGCUACAUCUUGGCUCUUCAAUGGGGAGGACAGUCCAAACCCUGGAACUCGCCCUCAGUCAUCGGGACUCUCGUCGGAUUCGUCCUAAUCCUCGCCCUCUUCGUCGCCAUUGAAUGGUACUCCGGAGAGCGAGCCAUGAUCGUAGGCCGCAUCGCCAAAGACCGCACGAUAUUGGUCAGCAUGAUCUUCAUCUUCUUCCUGGCCGGCGCUUUCUUCCUCUUCCUGUACUACUUACCCAUUUACUUUCAAGUGGUAAGUGGUGUCAGCGCAUCCCAAUCUGGCGUAAGGAACCUCCCACUCAUCCUGGGUUGCACACUAGCCACUAUCCUCAGUGGGGGUCUGAUCUCUGCAUACGGCCACUUCGUUCCCUACAUGGUUGUGGGGAGUGUGUUGAGCACAAUUGGCGCGGGACUCCUCUACACACUCAACACAACGUCCGGUUCCGGACACUGGAUCGGCUACCAAAUCAUCACUGGUUUGGGCAUCGGUCUCGCGCUCCAAAUUCCCAUCAUUGCUGCCCAGGCCACUGUCGGCCCUGCAGAUCUGUCUUCAGUCACCGCUAUGAUCCUAUUCUGCCAAACCAUCGGAGGCGCAUUCUUCGUCUCUGCUGGUGAAGUCGCCUUCACCAACACCCUCAUUGGAAAACUGCCGACCACUGCUCCAGGUGUUGACGCUGCGUCUGUGGUGGCUGUGGGAGUUACUCAAAUCAGAGCUACUUUCGCUGCCAGUGAUGUACCGGGUAUCAUUCAGGCUUAUAUGGAUGGUCUCAAGGUCGCGUAUGCAAUUGCUAUUGCAGCUGCGGGCAUCUCGGUGUUAGUUUCACCAUUGAGCCCGUGGAAGAACUUGAAAGGGAAAGUGCAGAUGGGUGGUGCUGCUUAG